AUGGCAAGUUGGCAUUUAGAUCAACGUUUGCGCGAUAGACAACCACAUAAUAACUUGGUUGAACAUGGAAUAAUACCUCCUCGCGGAACCAGCGGAUCAGUAUUUGUAGCUGCUAGGAAGUUACAGCUAAUGAAAACAAAAGAUACUUUGAAUAGGAGGAUUAGCAACAGACCACAGAAGAAAGACUUAAUGCAGAGAAACAUAUUAGAAUCCGGUAGGAUUGAUCCAACGUUACAAGCUAACAGUAAAAAAUUAAAAAGGUUACAAAUAGUCAAUGAACUGAAAAGCUUCAUCAGAAACCGACCAACACCUGAUAAACUUAUCGAGGACAAUAUCUUACAACCUGAAUUUUUAAACAACUUGCAUAUCAAUUCAUGCCCUGACUCCCAAUCAAACAAAUUACAGAACAUUGGACGUGACGAAAAUUUCGAUACCUCAGAAUCUUUUCGAUCAUCACCAUUUUCCGACUUUUCUGAAAUCGAACAAAAUCCUGUUAACAAUCCUCACGAUAGACUGAUUGUAACUCCAGAUGUGCCAUAUCCAGAAUCAGAUUUAAAUGAGAAUAGUAAUACACAGUUGUCUACAGGUCCAUCUGAACAUGGCUGUGUUGGUAUUGAUAGAUCUGUGAUGUCUAAUUUAAGAAACCAAAUUUCGACUAUCAAUGUAGGAAAUAUCCCCUCCUCUAAUUCACAGUAUGUUGGUAUUGGUGAAUCUCCUCCAUCUCAGCAAUCCUUAAGCAUAUCCUCCUUUGAUAGCACUUAUUCUACAAUGGAUCAUCGUCACCAUAAUGACAGUAACGUUAUUUUGUGCCAACGGCCAAGAUCAUUUUCUAAUCGCGAUGAUCUUUCUAAUCCUAUAAUCACCUCUAACGCUAAUUAUUACGUAAGACACUCCCCAAAUAACGCUGAAACUGUAACUUUAUCGAAUCAGUCAAUACAUAAUCCAUCUAAGGCUACUAAUGUAACUCUUGACAGUAUCAAUCAAUUUUCUGAAUUUUCUCAAUGCCACACUAACGCUCAUGUCAACAACAGAUCCAAUACAUUAGUCUCUAGAGCCUCGUCAGGUGAUCUACAUACGCGUAAAAUAACUCACACUCAAGAAAAUGGCCAGAUGAAUCACACGUCUCGAUCAAGAGGCAAAAAAGGCCAAAAGAAAAAUCAGAAAGAGUUAAAAUAUCACUUUGCGCAAGGUACACUAAUUAAAGAUCAUCAAGCAAAAAUUAUAUUUACAAAUGAAAAGCCAAAGUUAAAAAAGGCACAAUCUUGCUCUAGUAUUAAGACACAAGCGCCAGUUGAAAUCUCACUUCAAUCUUCAGCAAUUUUAUCUCCUAAUUGGCAUAACAAUGUUACUCAAAGAAUUGCAGAACUAAAAACGUCUGUAGGAGUAGCUGAUGGAACAGAUAUCAAUUUAUUGCAAGUUGCAAAGCAAAGCCAUAAUCAACACGGAAAUUCAUCCAAGCUUCAUGAAAUAAUUAAUACCUCAGCUGGUGAUAAUUCACAACCAUCGCCUUUAGAUCGAUCCGAGGUGUUACCUUUAUUUUUCAAGAAUACAUUGUCUGAUAACUAUCUGAAUCAAUUACAUCGAGAUACAAUUGUGCAGCCAAAUCUUGAGGGAAGUUUCAAUUACAAUGAAAAUGUACCUAAAGACGUAAUUGCUGCUCGGGAGUUUCACUCAAAUCAGGAUUCAAUUCAAGUUGACUUUAAUGCAGAAAAUAAUCAGUGUUCUACAACGAAUGCAGCAUCUUUUACUUUAUCUAAUGACGAAAUUUAUGAUAAUGAGGCGGAAUUUGAUUUAGAAACUAUAACCGACGGCAUAAGCUGCGACUUUCAAAGAGAAAUGAUUGAGGCAUUUAAUAGCCGACUCUAUGAUGGAUUUCGUAUGACUCGUCACUCUAACAUAAAACACUAUAUUUUAGCCGUAUCUCGCCUUUAUGAUCAAGUUUAG